GUGUCCUGCCUCUGUGGCUCUGCACCAUGCCUGCUCUGUGGCUGCUGCCCCUCGGCCAAGAACUCCACCGUCUCCCGCCUCCUCUUCACCUUCUUCCUCUUCCUUGGCACCCUCGUGUCCAUCAUCAUGAUAAUCCCUGGCGUGGAGAAGGAGCUGCACAAGCUCCCUGGCUUCUGUGAAGGCAGCAGCUCGGGGGUGCUGGGGGUGCAGGCCCACGUGGACUGUAGCAGCUUCCUGGGCCACAAGGCCGUGUACCGCGUGGGCUUCGCCAUGGCCUCCUUCUUCUUCCUCUUCGCCGCGCUCCUGCUGUGCGUGCGCAGCAGCCGGGACCCGCGGGCCGCCCUGCAGAACGGCUUUUGGUUCUUCAAGUUCCUGGUGCUGGUGGGGAUCACGGUGGGGGCCUUUUACAUCCCCGAUGGUGCCUUCACCUCAGUCUGGUUUUACUUCGGUGUGGUUGGCUCCUUCCUCUUCAUCCUCAUCCAGCUCAUCCUGCUCAUCGACUUCGCCCACUCCUGGAGCCAAGUGUGGCUGCGCAACGCGGGGGAGGGCAACACCAAGGGCUGGUAUGCAGCCCUCUGCAUCAUCACCUCCAUCUUCUACGCCGCCUCCAUCGCGGCUGCAGUGCUGCUCUACAUCUACUACACCAAGCCCCAGGACUGCACAGAGGGCAAGGUCCUCAUCAGCAUCAACCUCAUCCUCUGCCUCAUCGUCUCGGCCGUGUCCAUCCUGCCCAAGAUCCAGGAAGCUCAGCCACACUCAGGGCUGCUACAAGCAUCUCUCAUCACCCUCUACACCUUCUAUGUCACCUGGUCUGCCUUGGCUAACGUGCCCACCCAGACCUGUAACCCCACACUGCUAGUGAGGAACAGCACUGGCUCGGUCACCCAACAGCAGACAACCUGGUGGGAUGCCCCGAGCAUCGUGGGGCUGAUCAUCUUCAUCCUCUGCACCCUCUUCAUCAGCCUGCGCUCCUCGGACCACCCGCAGGUGAACAAGCUGAUGCUGACGGAGGAGGAGGGCGCGGGGGCCCGUGGGGAGGAGGCCCCCCCGGGAGGGGCUCACCGCGCCUACGACAAUGAGCAGGACGGCGUCUCCUACAGCUACAGCUUCUUCCACCUCUGCCUCCUCCUCGCCGCCCUCUACAUCAUGAUGACCCUCACCAACUGGUACAGGCCGGACGAGACCCUGCAGGUGCUGAGGAGCCCCUGGACGGCCGUCUGGGUGAAGAUCUGCUCCAGCUGGGCCGGGCUCCUGCUCUACCUCUGGACCUUGGUGGCUCCGCUGGUGCUGCCGAACCGGGACUUCAGCUGA